AUGUUUGCUUUCCUCUGUCCGCUACUGGCUCUUUACGAGGGAGGUCUCUCACUGGACGCAGCCCUCUACAACUGGGCCUGGCCUGGCGUUGGCGACCACUUUACUGGCACCCGACACGACCAGCGGGCGAGCACCACAGCAGCACCAGCAGCACCACCAACCUCCCCAAUUUUUUUGGGCUCCCGGCCACCAACUUUUUUUGACAUCACCAGGGGACCCUCCAUCAGAUCCCAGCUUUCAUCGGACCUCCCCCACACCACCAUCACCACACCUCAUCAAAUCGCCUGGUCCAAUCCUCCACCGCAACCACCAGCGCCCGCUGGUGAAACCUUCGCCUUGUCGAACAACUCGCUCUCCUCGCACACUCCAAAACCUCGUCCUUCCAGCGCCGCAGACGUGUCGAGAAUACGCCCCUCGUCUGCAAAUAACGACCGCCACGACCUUAACGCGCCCACGACCCCUACCCAGCAACAGCAACGCCGGCAGUCCAACGUCUCCAGACCGCUGCUAAUCCAGACUCCGGACCCCGUCGAGCGACGUUCUACGCCGUCCUCGCAACAACGAAGCCUUCGCCGAACUCCCAAAUUCGAGGCACCUCCGAGCCCUGCCCCUGAGUCUCGCAAAGUCCAUCUCGCGGCCGCCUCGAUUGGCUUCGCGCCCAAGGCGACCCUCGCGGCCGUCAACGACUUGCCUGAGAAUCACCCAACUGUGUUGGGUCUCAUCCCGCUCCACUCGGUGCCCCAACAAGCUCCCCGUCGCCGGCGACGGCUCUCGCAGGAUCUGACCGAAGAUCCCGACGAGGUGUCUUCAGAACAUCCUCAAUCCCCCCCGAGACAAAAGACUCCUUCUGUAACUGCAGACCGCCCCGACCCACACCCCGUGGUCCGCAUCUCCAAGCACACCCACAGCGCCAUCCUCUUUGCCCUCGAGGAGGCGCUGCGCAACCCCAAUCCCUUCACCCCAGAUCUUGAAGAGGAAUCCGCAAGCAUGGCCGACCUAAUGGUUGCUGGAGGUGUGCCUCCUACAUCCAAUGGCAAGCCUGCCGCUUCUUUCCGUCCCACUGCCGGUCCUGGUCAGACGAGCUCGCCCUCUGGCAUCAGAGGCCCGAGGAUGAUCAUGCAGGAGCGUGCUGCCAGGGAGGCGCGACAACGUGCUGAAGCAGAGCAGCAGCAGCGCGAGAGGGCUGAACAAGAAGCGCGCAUCCUGGAGCAGGCACGGAGAGCAGAAGAGCAGCGUAGAACUGCUGGCGUUGCUGCUGGGCAGGCUAGUGGCGCAGAAGCGCGUGAGCAGGUCAACCCUCAGCGACAGGCGCAAGUCGCCCCCGAAAACACAGCCCGAGCAAGGGCAUCUACUACUACUUCCCAAAUACCAACCGCAGCACGACAUGGGCGCUCAGCUUCCGCCGCCCAGGUGCCUACUCAGACCUACACAGGCCCAGCAACCACACAACAGCCUGUCUUUGCCGCACCAGGUGCCGACGGCGGAGCCCAGACAGCUGCCGGCGGUGCCAGCGGCUCAAAACCGCGCAAUUCGUUCCCUCACGCCUUUGAGCGUUGGGAAACAUUGUCUGCUCAUUGGGAGGGUCUCACUAGUUAUUGGAUCCGAAAACUUGAGCAGAACAAGGACGACUUGAACCGUGACCCUCUUAACCAGCAGCUCGCCCGCCAGGUGACUGAUCUAUCUGCCGCUGGCGCAAACCUCUUCCAUGCUGUUGUUGAGCUGCAGCGUCUCCGGGCGAGUUCGGAGCGCAAGUUCCAGCGUUGGUUCUUUGAGACACGAGCUGAUUUGGAGCGCGCACAAGAAGUUAACGCCCUCCUAGAGGCUGCCUUGGAACAGGAGAGACGCGGCCGAGCCGACGCCAUCCGAGAGGCUGUCGAGAACGAACGGGGAACCUCAAAGGCCCAGAAGCAGCUCACCGAAAUGCGAAAGGAGCUUUCCAUAUCCAAGGAGGAGGCACGACGAGCAUGGGAGGAGCUGGGGCGACGAGAGCAAGAGGAGCGCGACAGAACUCUUUCUCUGCAGUCAGGACAGCCCACCAUUGUGGGAGGCGUCCAGGUCGUGCCCAUGACCCAAGGUCCCAGCCGAUCUCGCGGUCAAGCCGCCUAUCAGGCUGAAUAUGGACAGGGCUACCCGCCUGAGGUGACAGCAUCUCCACAAGGCCAGCCUCCUGUGACUGCCGGCGGCGAGGGAUAUCUCCAACCCGUCCCGCCAGGUAGCAGCGGUGGCUAUCAAGCGCCGGUGUCAGAGGGUGGUUACAGCGAAGGUGAGUACGUCAUUGAUGCCAAUGGGAACUUCAUUUUGGAUGCCCAAGGCAACAAGAUUCCUUUCGCUGCACCACCCUCGACGUAUUCGGAUUCUGAUCCUGACGCAGAAGAGUAUGAAACGCCGGCCACCACCAACCCACCAAGUGGUAAACAAGAGUCUCCCUCAACUUCUGCAGGCGGCGGUCAAUGGACUGGCACAUACUCGGAUCCUCAGGACUAUUCUGGCCAAGGUUACGGAGCUCCCGGCUGGGAGACAGUUCCUCGACAUCACCACCCCACGAGGCUGAGCGAUGUCAUGGAAGAGGAAGAUGAGCGUAGCCGGGCCAGCACAAGUCGCGUCUAGGAGUCGGACUAACCAGGAGUCCCGGUUGAUACAAAAGAAAAGGAAAAACCUCAGGGCCAAAGUAUAUACACAUCCCUUUCCAGACGCGAACAUAAUUAUAUCGGGACCACAGCGGCUUCGCCUCAACUCCAGGCAUGGGGCACUUGCAACAACUCUUCAACAAACCGAAAAAGAGGAGAAGAACCGCCGCUGUUGGGUACGACUAGUUCAGCUACAGUUUUGUCUGUUUUGUCAGUACCGUUGCAUAGCAUUGGCAUCGUUUACGGCCUUGAUUUACACCCGCACUAAUGGAAAUUCGGUUCACCGGCCAUGUUUUGAUAUUUGUAUACCGGAACGGAGGAACUCCAUAGACCAAGUUUGCAUUUAGAAGGUCUAUACCAUUUCGGAUCCUCUUCCCGCGGCCUUGCCUAUCUCUGGCAUUCAUUACCUGCCUAUCGACCAUGUCCAUGCAUCUGAUGCUCUGCCUCUUACGACGAGGUAGAGUAGUCGAAUCUUUCAUUCUACCAAGGAACCACUGUACCACACACAACGCCACGAAUGACUACCACAGGGAGAUUCAGUCAGUUGAGGCGGGAGGAAUAACUCAGUAGAUACGGCCUCUGAGUACCUUGGCCGCUUCUUGUCGAGGCUGGCACACAAAACUAUACACCAUCACUACUCCCAAGGGACGGGCAUUCGGAAUUGAAACGCACUUUGUACGGUAUCACCACCGGCGGAAAGGAUGCCGGGGCAGCGGAGUUGAGGGAAUGCCGGACGGAGUACAGGGCGCGGAGGGUGGAAUUUGGGAGUUUUUGUCAUUUGUUUUCCUCGUUUGUUUUCGCGCACAAGGUCCUAAUAUCAUUAGACGGUACCCGGUGUUUGAGGACCGGAUUCGCAUGGGCUAGAGUACAGAGUCAAUGUAAAAUUUCUGUGUAUUGAUUGAC